AUGGCACCAAAGCAAGCAAAACCCGACUCGCGCGCUGCGACACUCUUCUUCAAGAAGCACAAAACCACAGUCCUUCUGAUGCUGCAAACCCACGAAACACUUGAGUCGGCCAAAGACAACUUACUACAAGCUUUAAAAUCCCGAUCUCUGAAUGACAUUAACGGCGACCCUGUUCCGGACGACUCCUUCGAUAUUGAGCUCGGUGUGCCAGUUGAUCGCGCCGACCUCGAGAAAGGCUGGAGGUCUUUGGAAGCAGAUGAUCUGGUACUUGACGAGGAAAGCGCACCGAAGAAGAACAAAGGCAAAUCAAAGAAACAGGCACCUACUCUAUUGGAAGCAGGCAUCACAGACGGGAAUUCGAUUGCGUUCCGUUUCCACAAAUACAAUGAGGCUCAAAAUGGUGACCGAAUGGACCUAGAUGCCGAGGAUCCCGGCUGGGAUGUCAUAGUUCCAAGCUACGCCGAUGACGAACUGUGA